AUGGAUUCGUCCAGCCAAAACGCUACUCUUGUCAAUGGCCAAGGAUCUAACUCUUCUGGCCAGACAGAAACGAACCAAUCAGCUACGAACGGAUCAGCUCCGAGACUGCAACGUUCCAGAUCUGCAUCAGAUCUGGGCAAUAUCGGAACUGCUGCGCCUGCAGCUCGUCCGGCCGUGGGUGCCACAAACCCGAACACUGAAACUCCGGUUGGAGGGAACCCAUAUAUCUGGGUACGUCCCGAGAUACGACCUCCAGGGCCAAUCCACUCGAAUUGGGCUCAACAAACCCAAGCGGCUGCUGGUCAGGGAUCUAUCCCAGAUCGAACCGCCGAACUGCAAAGAACAUUAGAACUCCUGGUUGAAAGAUCUCGAAACCAGGAAGCAAGUUUCCAAACCCUGAUGGAAAGAACUCUAAAUCAGGAAACGACUUUCCAGACCUUGAUAGAAAGAACUCUUCAGGAAACAAAUUUCCAAGCCCAGUUCGCGAGAAUUCGAGAACAGCUCGAAGGGGGCCCUGCCCUAAACGAUCCUCGUACCGCGAAUUGCGGGCGACAAAACGGACCUGAAACGAGUUCGUUGCGUCAGACGCAUCUCAACUUCUCGCCUUCCUCCGUAACCCCGGAAACGGGGAACCAGUACCAAACGCCCCAAGGUGCAGGACUUCACCUCGGUGGAUCGCAUCAACGCGCCCCGAUCCUUAACGGAUCAAGCUCUCAGGGAGCGUCUGUUCGAGAAAAUGAACAGCUCCCGCCUCCGAUUAUUUUCGGAUCGAAUCAAGCGCCACCUCCGACCACGUUCGGAUCGAAUGAAACGCCAGCUACAGUUGCGCCGAUAUCUAACGGCGCGCCAGCCUCACUGUCGUCGAGUAUCGAGCAGAAGCUCGAUGACAUCGACCAACGGAAUAUCGAAAGGAACGCUCUGACUUUCGAACACAUGAAAUCGUACGUGCACGCAGCGACAAGCUCUGCACCCAACAUUGACUUGGUAAUCAGAGAAACCCGCCGCACUCCCUUUACCAAGAAAAUAGGUCACGUCAGACUAAGCGAUGCUGGAAAGAUAAAAUUCCCCGAAUACUCCGGGAAUAGCGAUCCUCGAGCACACGUUCGAUCCUUUAUGUUAGCAAUAACUAAAGCGCAUCUCACAGCCGAGGAAGAAGAAGCGGGUCACUGCAAAUUCUUCGUGGAAAACCUCACCGGCUCGGCACUAGAAUGGUUCUCGAGUCUCAAACGCGGAUCCAUAGAUAAUUUUACCCAGCUCGUCUCCGUAUUUCUUAAACAAUAUUCAGUAUUCAUCGAGACUCGAGCUACAGAAGCCGACCUAUGGACCCUAACGCAAGGUCAAGGCGAACCACUUCGCAGUAACAUAGACCGCUUUAAGCAAAUUAAAGCACAGAUUCCCAACCUUAACGAAACCGUAGCUCUUUGA